CCCUUCCGCUCUCCCAGCCUCCUCAGUCAGUGUGGUUGAUAUUUUCCUUGCCUACUUGUCUGAUCUCAAUGACUGUUCCUGUUCUGCUUCGCUGAUCUUGGCUCUGCCAUGCUCCUCAGGGCAAUAAAUACCAGUCUGGACUGCCCAGAAUGGAGUCCUCUGUCUGUUUUACCAGUUGAGAAGCCUCCUAUCCCUCCCUGAUCACUCGUCAUUCAUGAAACUCCUUCUUCUGCUUUUGACUGUUACCCUGCUCCUGGCCCAGGUCACCCCAGUCAUGAAAUGUUGGGGUAAGUCAGGCAGGUGCAGAACAACAUGUAAAAAAACUGAAGUAUACUAUAUAUUAUGCAAAACUGAGGCUAAGUGCUGUGUGGAUCCCAAGUAUGUACCUGUAAAAUCAAAAUUAACAGACACAAAUACAAGCCUGGAAUCAACUUCUGCAGUCUGACACCUCUCUUCCAACCUUGAGCUUCAACAUCAUGGGAUCCUGCA